AUGUUUAAUGAGAGGGAUACCUUACUGAAAGAGAAAGAACAAUUUAAGAGGGAGAAGGACUUGUUUUUUGAGGAGAAGGAAAAGUUAGCGAAUGAGAGGGAGGAGUUUAAUAAGGAGAAGGAAGGUACUCAUACACAAAAGGGACAUUUUGUGAUGGAGGAGGGUGAGGAGUUGAGGAAUAGAGGGGAAGUAAAUAUUGACGAUAAAGAACCUGGAUACGAGGAUCUGGGUGUGCAAUCGUAUAGUAAUGCCAAAGGUAAUGUAUUGAAUGCAUCCACUUCUCAUCCCGUUUAUGAAAGAAGAGCCAAAAGGAUAUCGAAGCCAUCAUAUUACAAGAUGUCUCCGUACUUGUCCCUGUCUGCAUUCGACACAACCCAUGGGUCGGUUCCCGAACCCAACCAAGUAACCGCUUUUGCUACUUCUCCGAUACCAUUUCCUCUACAUAUGGAUCCUUUCAGAGCAUUAUCCGCACAUGAGGUGAAAGAGGUAGAUGACUGGUAUGAAGCAAACAAGGACAUCCCAGCAUGGAAAUGGUUUAGUACGAUAUGGAUGAAAGAUGCGUGGGUUGAUAGCGAGGCUAUCGACACAUACAUAGAGUUCCUUGAAAAAAGGCAUAACGACCUUUCAAUAACAUAUCGCCAGGAUUGCAAGUUCUGUCCUACGUAUUUUACGCAAAGCCUUGAGGGGUGUUUGCCGGUUUUGAUCGCAUACCGGGCCUCAAAAUCGGCAUCAGAACGGGCCUCGCUAAUAGGCCAGCUGACUCCGGCUUACGCAAUUGCCAAGCAGCGAGAUAAACCAUACGCCAAAGCGAUUUGGUGUUAUGAACGGGUCUAUGCGCCCAUAAAUUAUGAAAAUUCACAUUGGUUUCUGUUGGUCAUCUACCCUAGAGCAAGAGAAAUCGUUGUUGUAGAUAGCUUAUGCACAAAUGUAAUGCCGAAGUAUAAGCAGCAGAUGAAGAACAUGACUGAUGCACUCCCCAUUCUCUUCCAUGCCACUGGAGACAGCACUGCGCUUGAAGGGAAGAAUUGGUCCGUUAGAGUGGAUGAAUCUGCGCCGAAGCAGCACAAUGGUUAUGACUGCGGCAUAUUCGUAAUGAAAUUCAUUGACAUUUUGUGUAGCGGUCUCACCUUGGCGGGAACAGACAUGCAAAAAUUCACUGCCGAUUGGAGGAAGUCAAUAGCAUAUGAUUGUUUGUCUCUAGUCCGUAGAUGAUAUUUGUCCAGGGCAU